AUGGCGCCGCCCGUGGCGGCGGCGGCGGCGGCGCUACCUUUGCAGCAGCAGCAGCAGCAGCAGCGUCGCCGCCGUUGCCGCCGGAGCCGCGGGGGCCGCGUGUGGAGCCGCAGCCGCAGCUCGGCCUUCUGGGCCACGGUGCGGGAGAAGGCGCUGGGCGGGCACGAGUGGAGCGAGCGCUUCCGUCUCCCCCCGGCCACCUUCGACGAGCUGGUGUCGCGCCUGGGCGGCGCCAUCGGGCGCCGGGACACGGCCAUGAGGCGCGCGGUGCCCGCCGAGGUGCGCCUGGCGCUCACCCUCAGCCGCCUGGGCGCCGUCACCGAGUACCGAGCGCUCGAGGCCACCUUCGGGGUGUCCCGCAGCUCCGUCUGCAAGAUCCUCAGGGACGUCUGCGGGGCCGUCGUGCGAAUCCUGGGGGGGGACGAGGGAACCGGAGAGGGAACGGGAGAGGGAAUGGGAGCGGGAAUGGGAACAGGAAUGGGAACGAAAGCGGGAAUGAGAACUGGGCAGCUCCAAAUGCCCACGGAUCUGCCAGACCUUCAAAUCCCGAGGGAUUCGGGGGCAAAAUCCUGCCUGGAGAUGGGAGGUGAGGGAGGAAUUCCAGAGGAUUCCAGCCAGGAAUUGCACCUCCCAAUGGAUUUGGGGUCGGAAUCCCGACCCGCCGCGGAAGGUUCCGGAAGCCUCCUGCUCAAUCCCGGCCCGGGAUUCCCUCAGAAUUCCAGGAAUGCCGGGAACUGCCCCCGGAGGAGCAGCAGGAAAACCCAAAUCCCGCCGAAUUCCAGAUGGGAAUCCCCGGAAAACUCUGGGAAAACCUGGACUCCUCCGGCUGAAGGCUCCGGAAAGCCCCGAAUUCCCCCCAAUUCCAAGUGGGAAUCCCAAGAAAACCCCCGGAAACGCCACAUUGUCCUGAACUGCGGCCAGGAAACCCCGGGAAACCCUGGAAAACGUCGGAUCCUGGCGGGAAACUCCGGAAAGAUCCAGAUCCCGACGGAAAAAAACUCCGGGAGACCCCAAAUCCCAACGAAUUCCGGCUGGGAACCCCAGGGAAAUGCCAGGAAACUGACGGAAAAUUCCGGAAUUCCUGUGGGGAGCUCCCGGACCCAGCCGAGCUCCGGGCGUGAGCUCCCGGGAAACUCCUGGAAAACCCCUCUGGAAAACCCCGGGAAGCCAAAUUCCGGCCGGGAUCCCCCGGGAAACACCGGGAAAGCGGCGGAAAAUUCCGGAACCCCCCAGAUUCCCAUGGAAAACGCCCCGAUCGCCCCGGAUGGCGGGCGGGACCCCCGGGAUCCGGAAUUCCGGCUGCCGCAGCUCCGGGGGGUCCUGGCGCGGCUGCGGGUCCCCAUCCGAGCCCCCCCCGGGGGCCCCCCGGGGCUCUAUCGCGACAGGGCGGGGGAGGGGCGGCACGUGGUGACCCUCCAGGCCACCGUGGAUUCCCGGGGCUGCCUCUGGAACGUGGAGAUCCAACCCCCCGGCACCAGGUUCCGGGACUCGGCGCUUUUCCGGAGGCUCGGGGGGAAAGGGGGGGAGGGGAU